AAUACAAUAUAACUCUAAUUAUUUGAUUUAGGGUUCUUGGUCAAUCCAAAGAUCAAAAUCUGUGAUUAACAAAGUUUGAAUUUUUCACAUUUGUUCUUCUGUCUGUAGAAGAUGGCGACAUUCUUUCCGGAUGAGAUUCUAGAAAACGUUAUUUGUCGGUUGCCUGUUAAGUCUCUGCUCCGUUUAAGGUGCGUUUCUAAAUCUUGGCUUUCUCUAAUUAGUAGCCCUCGUUUCGUCAAAUUGCAUCUGAACAGAUCAGUACAAACCAAGAGCAAUCUUAGUCUAUUCCUGAUAACCGGCCACGAAUUCUUUCGGUGGAAUUUGUAUUCCCUCGACCACGAUCUUCAACCGCCGGAGGUCAUUAACCAUCCGAUCGAUGGCCAUCCGUUUAGAUAUCGGUGGUAUACAAUCGGCUCCUGUCACGGAUUGAUCUGCUUGUCAAAUUCCAUUGAUGACACUGUCUAUUUAUGGAAUUUAUCAACAAAAAAGUCUAUAAAACUGCCUUAUGCCAAUCCUUCUAGCAGUUGCUAUGAUAGAUCUUAUGGAUUUGGUUACGAUAACACCAAUGACGAUUACAGAGUGGUGAGAACUGUGUUGGGUAGAGAUGCUCAAGGGGACAUCAUCAAUUACGAGAUUAAUGUUUAUAGUUUGAGAUCAAAUUCGUGGCAUAUGUCAGAGAAGUUUCAUCACUGUCCAAAUUUUGAAAGUAAAAAUGUCAUAGCUUGUGGAGCUCUGCACUGGAUUUCAGGAAACAUAGAAGAGGAAGAGAAAAGUUGGAUUGUUGCCUUUAAUCUUGGUACAGAGAAAUACCGAGUAAUUCCACCGCCUGAGUACAGUGGUCCUCAUUAUAUUAUAUGUUUGAAUAAUUUUGAAGAAUACUUAUCAUUAUCUUGUCAUUACUACUCAAAUGUCGUGGAUGUUUGGUUAUUAAAUGAAUAUGGUGGGAAGAAUGAAUAUUGGUCGAAAUUAAUUUCAUUGCCGCCAACAGAACCUCAAACGGACAGCCCAAAUUUCCAGUCUGUGAAACCGGUUGCUUAUUCAAAAAGUGGUAAGAAAGUACUGCUGCAGAUGGAUUAUAUUUCGCUUGUUUGGUACAACUUAGAAGAUGAGUCAGUUGAAGAUAUUAUGUUACAUGAUUUGGGACCUUUUUUUGAUUUCUACUCUUGCUUGGAAAGUCUAGUCUCCGUCGAUGUUACAGCAGCUGAAGCAGCUGUAACCAAUGCUAAGAAGAAUUCAAGAAAAAGAAAGAAAAUAAAUACGAAGAAAAGUGUUGAUGAUGGUGGAGUGGUGGAAAGAUGAAGAAACAAACAAUCAAAGAUUGAGGGUAAAGUAAAAAGUAGAAUUCUUUCACAUAUAAAAAAAUAGCUGCUUUAGUUACAUUGUUUAUUACUGCAUACUAGAAACUAUUGUAAUUUGGAAUUAGAAUGACUUGGCUUGCAGUGAAUCUCACUUGUAGAGUUCUAAGACCAUUUCAAAAUUUAUAACUCAUCUUAUUAAUCUACUGCCUUAUGUUAA